GAACCACUAAUUUCAGUGUAAGGGCGUUUUCUGUCCAGUAGAUGGCAGAGGAGAGUUUGCCUUCAGUUCAACUUCUGCACCCCGAACAUCGUUCUCAUUGGACUGCUCUGAAGUGUCUGGUUUCAUGGUUAACCUCUGCACUGCUGUUGCUGGACCGUCCCAGGUGCAGGCGUAACAAAAGUCUAGUGGGAUGUUAUGGUUGCUAUGGAAACGGCUGUGAUGGGUCUUACCGCUGUCAGUUAAUAGGAGGAUCAGCUCAGUUUACAAUGUAGUUAAAUGACGGAUGAUGAUUCUAUUCCACUCCAGACUUUGACAGCAGAAGUUACGUAUUUAUGUUUGUAGCAGGAUGAAUGAGGACAAGAUGUUCACUGUGAGAUCUUUAUUUUUAUCAUUAUUUUUGGCUCGUUUUUCGACUUUGUGAACCAUCUAGAACUACUUUAGCAGAGCCUAAAACCUAAAAUCGAGCUCAACAAACACAUAUGGUUUAAUGAUCUCAGCAUGGCAGUAGAAGAAGGAGAACCAGUCAGUCCUGUUUGAAUCUAAAUGUGCACACACACACACACACAGGUCAAAAUCUGGCUGUUGCACCUCCUAUAAAUUGAAGCUCUGAGUAGGGUAGAAACAGUGUCAAGGUACGCUGAGGUACGAUCAACGCGCUCUAACUCCAGAGAGACACUUAGUACCAAGGUCACAGGUUGAGCUCUGUAGUGAUGGCAGCUUGCAGAAGAUUCCUCCUCUCCCGCAGAUUUCUGGGACUUCUGGGAUUUCUGGCAGUUACAUUUCCCAUCAUGUUGUCCCUUCAGCAAAUGGACAUGACACAACAAACGACAGAGAAGAUGCAUCGCACACAAAACCUGAGAAAGCAGCUGUUGAAUGAAACAUGUGACGGUGAGAAAGAGGCAUUUUCAGACGGGAAGCACAGUUUAGACGACAUGAGUUUUAAGGAGCUGGACAACUUCAUCGUGGAUGACGCUCGUGGUAUCAUCUACUGCUACAUUCCCAAGGUUGCAUGUACCAGCUGGAAACGGUUUAUGUUUGUCCUUAAGCAGAACAAGCUCGAUCUGGACCUCAUGUCUUUACCUGAUUUCUUCCACACGGACAAUUUCACUCUCCUGAGCAGUUUUUCAAGAGCAGAGAUCAGGGCAAAGCUGAAGCACUACACUAAGUUCCUGUUUGUGCGGGACCCAUUCGUCCGUCUCAUCUCCGCCUAUAGAGACAAGAUCCAGAACUAUGAGGACUACUAUGAAAAGAUUGCCUACAGCAUUCUUCAUCGCUAUGGCAACCUCUCCCAGUCAUCACAGACAGCAACCAAGGCUUUUGCAUCAGGGGUGCGCCCUUCAUUUUACAACUUUGUCCAGUACCUGCUGGACCCACAGACGCAGAAACAGCCCUUUGACCCUCACUGGAAUCAGAUGCACCGCUUGUGCCAGCCCUGCCUCAUACAGUAUGAUUUCAUUGGCCAUGAGGAGACUCUUCAGGAAGAUGCUGAUUUCCUGCUGAAGAUCUUGGAUCUGGACAGCGACAUCAAGGUCCCUCCUGUCUAUGAUAAUGUGACUACCACUAUUUCUGUGUGGGACUGGUUUAAAACAGUGCCCCUAGAGGACAGGAGGAGGCUGUACAAGCUCUACGAUGAAGACUUCACACUGUUUGGUUACAGGAGACCAACUGAAUUACUGGAUGCUUGAGAUUAAGUCAUGACUUAUACCAUGUAACCCAGACAAUAUUUGACAAGUGGGCAUCCUCACUGAUGAACAAUAUAUUUAUGUUUAAAAACUCUAUUUAGCCAAUGUUAUUACAAAACUGCAUUAAAAACCAGAAACAGAUUAGGUAUUAUAUUACCGCUUGGUGCUGGGUUUUUAAUUAUAUAGUUUGUUUUAAUCAUGUUUGAUGAACACCUACUGUUGAUGACAUUUUACACUGAUCUGAUAAUAAAUAAACUAAAAAAAAUCAAAA